AUGGACUCUCACAAAAAUGGGAAUUUCACAGUGAAAUCCGGUUACAGAAAGCUUGUUAAUAUCAAGACCAAUGCGGCUGCAUUUUAUGAUCCUGAAUUGGCAACAAUAUGGAAGCAUUUAUGGAGCUUAGACACCUUGCCAAGGAUCAAAACUUUCUUAUGGAAGUGUGUUAAUGAUAUUGUACCUUCAAGUGAACGCAUGAACAGGGUUAUGCACUCUGGAAGCGACUACUGGAGUAUGUGUCAUCAGGUAGAAGAAACAACUAAACACAUAAUCUGGGAUUGCCCAUUUGCUCGUGCAGUGUGGACAUCUAUCCCUGGAGCUAGGAGAAGCAUGGAGAACUCUGAUACAAGUGUUGAUACAAGGAUAAUUAGUUGGUUUACCAAUGAUUUUACUAAGCUAGAUGCAGUCUGGAUUGUAAAGAUGGCAAAUGCUACUUGGGAAAUUUGGAAGGAACGCUGCGGAUGCGUCUUUGAUGGAAAAAAACCAAAUGAUAUAGAAGUAAUCCGUAACAUUCAGCAUAUAAACAACAUGACAGGAUCAUCCAUGAAGAGAACACAUAGGAUUGUUCACAUAAAUAGUUCAGUUUAUACAACACAGAAUAAAUGGAUACCACCUGCUAUAUCUACCUAUUCUAUGUGUUGUGAUGCUUCUUUUAAAGUUUUUUCUUCUAUUAAUCAUACAGGGAUAUGA